AUGUCUACUCAAACUGUUACACUCACUCAAGUGGCCACAAACGGCCAUCCCAAGGAGUCUAUCAUUCCGAAGCCUGCUGGGCACAACAAGUUGUUUGCCAAGGAGGGUGUCACAUAUGGGGAUUGGCGCGAUGACCUUGUCCGCGACGGUGUCGCGGUAGUAAAGGGUGCUAUUCCCCGUGAUCGGGCUGACAAGUAUGCCGAAGACAUCUUUACCUUCCUUGAAACUUUCAAAGGUGGGCUAGGUUUCAAACGAGACGACCCUUCGACCAUCAAAGAGGAUAAUUUGCCCAUCAUCAACGAGAAGGGAAUGUGCUUGGGAUAUGGAGUAGCCCACGAAGACUUCGCUUGGAACGUCCGCCAGGAACCUGGAGUCAUCGGUGCUUUCGAAAAAGUCUACGACACAGAAGAUCUUAUUGUGUCCUUUGAUGGAGUCAACAUCAGCUUCCCAAACCGUGCCGACCUGCCCGACAAUAAGCCUUGGCCACACCAAGAUCAAGAUCCCCAGAGGCCUGGGUUCAGAUGCCUCCAGGGACUUGUCAACCUUCUCCCAAAUGGGCCGAAUGACGGUGGGCUGAUCGUCUGCAAAGGCGCAUACCGACUCAGCGAAGAGUUCCACGAGGAAUUCAAGGACGAGCCGGAUAAGAUUUGGGCCUGGACCAAGGAAUGGUACGGCUUCACAGAGAGGGGUAUGAAAUGGCUCGAGAACAAGGGCUGCAAGUGGGAAAAGCUCAACGCAGAGCCAGGCGACCUUCUCGUCUGGGACAGCCGCUGCCCGCACUAUAACCUCAGCCCAACUGGCGACGCCCCUCGAUUUUGCAUUUACACCUGCUACAUGCCCGCGACAGAUGCCAGCGAGGAGGAGCUGGAGCGAAAGAAGAAUGCUUUCUAUGAGACUAAGAGCACCACACACUGGCCCAAUGCCUUGAAUGUUGGCGGAGUUCCAAUCAAGAGGGGCGGCAAAGAUUGCCCAUACAACGACUGGAAGCCGAGGAAGCCUGUUGAGCUUUCCGAGAGGGGAUUCAAGUUAACCGGCAUUCCUUACAUCGGGGCUGUCUCUGCCUAA